AUGCGUAGAGAUCCAAUCAAUGAUGAAGAAUUUGCUCAACAACAACAGCAACAUCUUUACUCGGAAAGUCCAAUUGAUAUCGAUGACCCACCAUUAAUAAAUACGCAACUUGAUCACGAUGCUAUUUAUGCUCUUGAAUUACAAGCAGAAGAAUAUUCCAAACCAAGUCUAGUAAUCCCUCCUUCUCAUCCAUACUUUUCAUCCAAACAAGAAUCAAAUGAUAGCAUCAAUCCGACUAAUUAUGUGAAUCCCAAUGAUCCAAUCAUUGUAAGUGAUGCAGAAUUAGCCGCUCAUUUAGCAGCAGAAGAAAAGCUUCAACGACAUAAGCAAACUUCACAACGACGACCAUCACGUACAGUACGACGCCCUACAUCAAAUACCACUAGAAUAAGCACCUUUAAUAUCUCGUCUAAUAAUGAUUCUAAUUCUGCUAUCAAUCCUAUUUCAAUGCUACUGCAACCGCAUAAUGCUCAAAAUCACGUUCCAAUCAUUAAUGAUCAUUUCAAUGAUCCUGCUACGGAAGAUCUUCCAAACAUGGAUAGAGACUUUGGACCUGAAGAUUACGAAAGAUUACUUGAAUUAGAUAAGUUAACGAAGGCCAAUAAACUAACAGAAGAACAGAUUAGUACAUUACCAACUGAAAAAUAUUAUCACGCGGCAAAUCAAAGUAAAGAAGAAGCAAAAUGUAAUAUCUGUAUGGAACAAUUUCAACCACAACAAAUAUUGCGUCGACAAACAUGCUUUCAUGUCUAUCAUCAAGAUUGUAUCGAUCCUUGGUUAAGAGACAUUGAUGGACGUCCGGGUAUUGUUGUUGAAUUGAUAGGAAGACGAGUAGAACGACGACGAUUUUCGUAA